UCCAGCUCUGUUACUCUUCCACUCCGCUGCACGCCCCUUCCCCUCGGCGAGAGCCAGCACGGCCACCAGGCUGCCCCGGGAGAGCCGGGGUCCGCAAGCAGAGGAGGACAGGCGGGGGGGAGAAGCGGAGCCGACUUGCAGCAAGGACAGCUCCGCACAGAGAAAGAGGGAGCUCCGGGUGCCAGGGAGCAGCGGCCGGGCCCAGGGGGUGGGGGCUGCUCCCGAGCCCUGACGCAAAAACUAAGCGGGGCUGCCCGCUCCGGCUUCUUAAGGAGCGCGGCGGCGGCAGCGGGCUCGGAGAGUCCUGCCCUGGCGGGAGCGCCGAGUGACACAAUGCAUCUUGGAAGCAGAGGAAGAAUCCACUUCCCCAUGAGACUCACCUGCUCUCUCCUACUCAUGGCAGUGUUCUGUGUAACACCUUUCCUCUGCCACAGUCAAAUGGAUCCACUGGCUCUGGGGCGGGCAGACCCCCAGUGCUGGGAAUCCUCCUCUGCUGUUUUACUAGAGAUGAGGAAGCCUCGCAUUUCUGACUCUGUCAGUGGCUUUUGGGACUUCAUGAUAUUUCUGAAAUCCUCAGAGAACCUGAAACAUGGGGCUUUGUUCUGGGACCUAGCACAGCUCUUCUGGGAUAUCUAUGUGGACUGUGUGCUCUCCAGAACCCAUGGCCUGGGGAGAAGGCAGCUGGCAGAAGCUGAGCAGAAGACAGCUACAAUACAUUCUCAGUUCACAGGGAGAAACCAAGGGACAUUUUCUCAUAUUCAGAGGUCACCAGUUCUGAAGAAGAAAGAUUCAUUUGAAGAUUUAAUAAGUAUCCACAUACAUAAGAGUAGAUCUGUAUUACUUGGAAGAACCACUGGAGAGCUAGGAAAAAAGAGGAAAUGACACAUUUAGUCUAAGCUUUUGAUUUGCAGAUAAUUUUAAACUAUUUUUCUUUAUGUUUUGCAUUUUAAUCCCCAUUGAUGUCAAUUUAUGUGGUGGAAGAAGGCAUGUAACCUCAAGCACUAACAUCUCUGAUUGACUUGGACUUACGGGUUUUCUUAGUUACCUAUUAAUUUAGUCUCCUUACUAAAGUGCAUGAUUUAUAAGCAGUUGCCUAAUUCAAUCUGUGUGUAUAUCAGGCUUUUUGUAAUACAUGUGAUCUGUUCAAACUAUUGUCUUUUGGGUGCUGAAACAGGAAAUAACUGAUCCUUCAAUAAAAUAUAGACAAGCAGAGAAGGAAGUUGUCAAAAACCUCCCCUGGGUCCAAGACAGGACUACAGAAGAGAUGGUGAUGUUUGAUUGUAUGCAGAGCUCUACACUUGUACAGAGCAACUCCUG